AUGGCGCAAACAACCACAGGCAGGGUCCUCAGCAUCCAGUCCCAUGUCGCAUUCGGCUAUGUGGGAGGAAAAGCCGCAGUACUUCCUUUGCAGUGUCUGGGAUACGACGUUGACGUAGUCAACUCGGUGAACUUCUCUAACCAUUCUGGGUAUGGCCGCUUCGGAGGCUCUAGAGCCACGGCCGAAGAGCUUUCCAAGAUAUUCGAACUCAUGGACCAGAACGGCUUCCUAUCUUCGGAGCGUCUGCUUACAGCAGGAUACAUUCCGGGAGCGGAGGCACUAUCUGCCGUCAAAGACCUCGCAGUAAAACUGCGCCAGAAGAAUGCAGACCUCAUAUACCUGCUAGAUCCCGUUCUCGGUGACUCUGGCAGAUUAUAUGUCGCGCCAGACACUAUUCCUGUGUACAGAGACGCUUUGAGAUAUGCCACGAUCAUCACCCCCAACUGGUUCGAAGUGGAAGUCUUGACAGACGUGCGAAUUCUAGACUUAGCGUCAUUGCGCCGCGCACUUCAAGUUCUCCACGAGCAGUACAAUGUCCCAAACGUAGUGAUCAGCUCCAUCCCGUUGCGGCCAUGGCUCGCGGACGCACUGCCCGUGCUCAUGCGGCCACACGCUUCGUCCAACGACCUCGACUUUCUCGUGUGCAUUUCGUCCUCGCGAGGAAAUGAGGGCGCGCAGCGUGCUGUACACGCACGGUGCAUCCCUUGCCUCCCAGGCUAUUUCUCUGGCGUAGGCGAUCUCUUCUCCGCACUCGUGCUCGGCCACUUCAAGCCUGCGCAUGCCCCACCGCAAGACAGGACAGAGACGCCGCUGUCCUACGCAGCAUCACAGGCGCUGUCGAAGACGCACGCGAUGUUGACGCUCACGCACGAACAUGCGCUGACGUUGCCAGAGGAGGACAGGCUGCCGACAGACGAGGAGCUGGAUGUGCGCGAGCCGGAGCGUAAGAUCAGGCGUAUGCGUGGACGAGAGUUGAGGCUUGUGCAGGGACAGGGCAUCAUCAGAGGCGAGGAGACGAACGAGUAUAGACAGAUGCUGCCGUGGACGACGUUUUGGGAUGCUUAG